GCGGCGGCGGCCGGACGGGCGACUAUGGGCUCGUGGAGCAGCCGCGUGUGGGGGCCCAGAGCCGGGGCGGCUGAGGGGGCGACGGGGCCGAGGGGCGACGGGGCCUUCUCCAAGCGGAAGCGCGGCGAGGGCCUGAGCGAGAGCGAGAGCGGCGACGAGAGCGAGGGCGAGGAGCGGCUGCUCAGCACCCCCAGGAGGAAAAAACUAAAAAGCACUUCGAAGUAUAUUUAUCAGACUCUGUUUCUGAAUGGUGAAAAGAGUGAUGUUAAAAUAUGUGCCCUGGGGGAAGAAUGGAACUUGCACAAGAUAUACCUCUGUCAGUCUGGCUACUUUUCAAGUAUGUUCAGUGGGUCUUGGAGGGAGUCAGGAAUGGACACAAUAGAAUUGGAAAUUCCUGAUCAGAAUAUUGACAUAGAAGCCUUACAGGUUGCCUUUGGCUCACUUUACCGGGAUGAAGUGUUAAUAAACCCUAGUAGAGUGAUUGCCCUCCUGGCAGCUGGCAGCAUGUUACAGCUGGAUGGCUUAAUACAGCAAUGUGGUGAGACAAUGAAGGAAACAAUUAAUGCAAAAACUGUGUGUAGUUACUAUAAUUCUGCGGGAACAUACGGAUUAGAUUCUUUGAAAAAAAAGUGUCUUGAGUGGCUCUUGAAUAACCUGAUGACCCACCAGAGUGUGGAACUCCUCAAAGAACUCAGCAUAAACCUCAUGAAACAGCUGAUCAGUUCCUCUAACCUGUUUGUCAUGCAAGUGGAGAUGGACAUAUAUACUGCUCUAAAGAAGUGGAUGUUCCUUCAGCUGGUGCCUUCUUGGAACGGAUCAUUGAAACAGCUUUUAAGUGAAGCAGAUGCCUGGUUUUCCAAGCGCAGGAAAGAUUGUGAGGAAGGCAUCUCAUUCUUGGAAACUGAACAAGGACAUGCAUUUAUACCAGUGUUUAAAUACCUGAGGCUGCAGUAUAUAAUCAGUGAUCUGACAUCAGCAAGAAUUGUUGAACGAGACAGCCUGAUCCCUGCAGACUGGCUGUUCUCUGUUUACAAACAGCAGUGGUUUGCCAUGCUUAGAGCAGAACAAGACAAUGACAUUGGGCCUCAAGAGAUUAAUAAAGAGGAACUAGAAGCAAACAGUAUGCGGUGUGGCAGAAAACUUGCCAAAGAUGGUGAUUAUUGCUGGCGAUGGACAGGCUUUAAUUUUGGCUUUGAUCUGCUGGUCACAUACACCAAUCGUUACAUUAUCUUCAAACGCAACACACUAAAUCAACCCUGCAGUGGCUCUGUCAGUUUGCAACCCCAGAGAAAUAUCGCUUUCAGGCUGCGACUGGCUUCUUUUCAUAGCAGUGGAAAGCUUAUUUGUAGCAGAACCGCAGGGUAUCAGAUACUAACCCUCGAAAAAGAUCAGAUUCAGCUGAUGGAUGCUUGAUUAAAAAUUGCCUCUGAAGUUACAUGAGUAGGAACAGGUAGUGAUGAAUUUGGACAGUAGACUGCUAGUCUUCCCUCUGUAUAUCUGCUGCAACUUCCUGUAUACUUCCCCAGAGAAGAGAAGAGAAAACAAUGGACAAUGAAUAACCCAGCCAGCUGAGAUUGACUUUUGAAAUGUCUUUGCAUGGUCACUUUCAUUUGGAAGCUCCUGAUGCCCUGAAAGGAACAUCAUGAAAUGGUCUUAUCUAUUGAAGAAAAAGAGAGAGGGACUGGGUACCCUGCAAUUGUCAGGAUACAAGCCCCGGCAGUUCCAGUUGGAAGCUAUAGUUUUGUGGGAUUGUGAGCCACAGGCUGUAGCAAAUAAAUGUAACUCCCACCUCAUCUUUCAACAUUCCUACGCACAUCUGAAUAGCUGAAUACUUACGAUGACCUCGUUUUCUUCUGAGAAUUCUCAGCCCUAGAAAAUGAUACCAGUCUCCUGAUAGCACAGAAAGACUUUAAACAUAGUUCAUUAACUGGGCCUGCUUAAUUAAAAGGAGUAGGAUGAUAUAUCAAUAAAGCCCACAUUAAUUUUUAAUAGAACACACUGUAUUUAUGGUCUCUUGAUUUGUUCUGGUCAAGCCCUUAAUUUUUAAAAGUCUGUUACUGGCUUGGUGAAAUAUUUGGAUUGUUUUAAAUUCAUUAUACUUGUAAAUACUUCCUAUUGAGUUGAAAACUUUAUAAUAUAUCCUGUUUUGUUUUCAAGAAAUACAUAUUUUUUAAACAUUGUA